AUGACUUCAGCAGGCAACAACCAUGCGCUGGUUUUUGGCGCAUCAGGAAUCACAGGAUGGGCGAUCGUCAACGAGAUUCUCAACGGCUACCCUGACCCGUCGACAUUUUCUAAGGUGACGGCUUUGACGAACAGGCCCUUGACCCAGGAGGUCUCGCAAUGGCCGUCCGAUGAGAGACUGAACAUUGUAUCUGGUCUUGACCUCCUCAAAGGCAGUCAGCAGGAACUGGAGGAGUCCUUGAAAGCCAGAGUGAACGGCGUCGACACAGUCACACACGUUUAUUUCUUUGCCUAUAUCAUGGACCCUGAUCCGGCGAAGGAGAUCUCGAUCAACGUCGACUUGUUAGAGCGCGCUGUAAAUGCGAUAGACAGCAUCUCGUCCAGCUUGAAGUACGUGGUGCUCCCAACUGGCACGAAGGCCUAUGGUGUUCAUCUGCUUCGCGAUAACUUUCCGCACGCCAACGCAUUGCCGCUCAAGGAGUCCCACCCGCGGAUACCAGAGCCUUACGCCAGUGAGAUGUUCUACUACAACCAGCUGGACCACCUCAAGCAGCUGUCGGCCAACAAACCAUGGACAUUUUGCGACGUCAUCCCAGAUGUCAUCAUCGGCUUCGUUCCCCACAACAACAUCUAUUGUCUUCCCCAAGCCCUUGGCCUGUAUCUGUCUCUGUAUCGGUAUAUCAACGGUGAGGGCGCCGAAGUCGUGUUCCCGGGCACUGACAACAGCUGGAACAAUCUCGUGAACGACUCCUCACAAGAUCUUAUCGCACGAUUUGCAAUUCAGGCCAGCUUACAUCCAGAGCUGAGUGGUGGUCAGAGCUACAACACAGCGGACGACCCUCAGCCCUCGACCUGGAGCGAGAAAUGGCCAAUUGUAUGCAAAUACUUCGGGCUCAAGGGUGUGGCACCUACGAACGGCUCAGGUCCAGAUCCAGUCGGCUACAUGUCAGACAACAGGGAGAAGUGGCUGGAGCUCGAAGAGAAGCACGGCCUGCAGAAAGGUAGAGUCGGGAAUGAGCGGUCCUUCGGCGGCUUCCCGUACUUCAUCAUGACGAUGCUGGACUUCGACAGGCAGCUGGAUCUGACGAAGGCACAUGACAUGCUAAAGAAGGCUGGUGCCAAAGUGGACGUGUGGUCGAGGGAGGAUUCGUGGUACCUUGCCUUCGACAGGUUCAGGAAGGCGAAGAUUAUUCCAUGA